UUAGAAAUCGUGAAUAAUUUUCCAUCAAUCGAUCACCGCAAUUUAAAAAAAAAAACACGUCCUUUAGACAAUUGUUUUUACUUCAAGUGGAAAAAAAUGUUCAAUCGAAAUUUGAUCGUUGUGAUACUCUUUGGAGCUUGUCUUAUCGUGGCAACAAUCGGUACAAAAUCGGAAAAACUAAAACGAAAAAAUGGCGAAUCAUCAAGUUCAGAUGAAAUUUAUGAGAUAUUUUAUGACAAAGACGUUAACAGUACAAAAAUGGUUGAGUAUCGCAUUCAAGAUAUACCUUUUUCCAAAUUUGAUGACGCAGUCAACUUAAUGGCAGAAUAUUACAACAAAUUGGAACCGAUGACCGAGUCGCUUGAUAUUGGAACGACUGAGAAGGAAGACGAUAAAGUCUGUUGGCGGUCACUAAUCAAUUACAAUUUAUCAGUAUGUUGCCUCAAAAUUGGACGUGAUGGAUCAGAAGAAUUGGUGGGCGUUAAUCUAUUGUAUGUGCAGACACCGAAUAAUGAAUCUCUCGAAGAAAUAAAGCCCGAUAUGGCCGAUGUAUUUGAUUUUGAUGUCUUCAGUACAUAUAACGUUGAUUAUUAUUUGUCAAGUGAUGGGAUAUUGGUUCAUCCUGAUUAUCGUGGCCGUAAAAUCGGUGAAAAAAUGCUGAGAGCGAGGGAAGCAAUUUGCAGAAAACAUGACAUAGAAGUGACAUCAUCCGUUUUUACAUCGGACAGCUCAAAUAUAAUUGCCGAAAGGGCUGGAUUCAAGCACAUUGAUGUGGCUGUAAGCUGGAAUGAAUUUCGUAGGAAAUAUCCAAAAUCCCGUUUUGCUGCCAUAAAAGACUCUUUUAUAACUCGGCGUACGCUCAAAUUUAAGUUGAGUGAUAAAAAAUUGAAAAGUUCUUCUUUCAGGAAAUAAGGUUCGAAAGGGUGUGUACUUUCUAUAUACGAGCUCAGCCAAUAUUUUGAUUUGUAUGCUGAAUGGCUUCUCACAAAAGCAUAAUUCAAUUUAUGUCAAAUAAAAUAUGUCCAAUGUUUACUGUAAAUAAAAAUGAUUUCGAUUUGCAUUUUAAAGUAAAUUAGAAAUUUGGAUACAAA